AUGACAGAAAGCCGAAUUCCGAUACCCAGCAAAGUCCCACAAAUCCCAAACAGAAACCCCAAUCGGCCAUCACCGUCAAGUUUGCCAAUGCGCAAACGCCAGGCCGAUCCUCCUUCACUGCGACAUGACCCAAGAACGAAAGACAUAAGCUCGAGUGACAAUGAUAGAAAGAGGAGGGGGAUUGUUAUGCCUGAGAAGGAUGAGGAGGUGGAAGGGGGUCAAUGUUUCGAUGGACUGGAUGAUGGGCUCUUUGAUAAUUCCAAAUUAGAACAAAGUAGGCACGAGAGAUCCGAUAGCCGCUACAAUACAAGUCAACAUACGGAUUCAGCCAUCGACCUAUCAUUAGAGAAUCCAGGCCUAGAUGUCUCUUCAGAUAUCCCACAGGAGCAGAGACCAUUACUUCCCAAACCACUGUCUUUGAAACCGAAGCUGUUCAUAGACACCAACUUACCAAGAAGUCGAGGGAAGUUCACAUCUAAAAUCCCAUCUCUAAUUGUAUCGAAGCGUCCACUGCCUUUCCUACCAUAUUCAGACUCGGAAUACUCGGAUGAUGACAAUGGAUCGGGCUUGGGACAGUCCAAGAAGAGGCGGGAGAAUGACGAUCCGAGGAAGUACCGCCACAAUGUCGACUCGUACCUGAGAAGUUCUUCGGAGUCUACAAUUAAGCCUAUCAAGGCUUCGCCAGAGCCUGUGUUAAUCAAAUCUGAGGAUGAUUCAACCAAAGGCCCCUUAGACGUCAUUGAUGAACACAAAGGUACUCCGGAUAAGUUUGAACCCAACGUUAUUCAAUAUCAAAGUCCCAAACCGGCAUUACGAGAACUAUCAUGCAACACCACGGACUUAUGGUUUGAAGUAGACUUUCGACCCAUGACCUGCACAAGAACUACUACGCAUCAACUUGAAUGUAAAUCUCGGGUAUCACGAAGCAGAAAGCCCUACGGACAGUGGCUUGUCGAUAUCAAAGUUGAAUUUAUACACGAGGAAAAAACAAUCGCAUUCAUCAAAGGAAGGUUCCUCCAAAGAAGUCUGAUCAAGUCGAAUUUUCAAGAAGCCCUCAGGAGCCUUGACAAGACUGUGUCUGGGAUCCCAUUAGAUAUCUUCGAUCGAUAUGGUCGCCUCAAGAGAGAACUCAAAGAUCACGAAGUGCGUAAAGGGACUGGAAUCUAG